UAAGUGAGCUCUGUGCUGUUUGUUAUACACUGCAAAGCAUUGCAAGAUGUUUGUUGAGCACCACUCUCAUUUGGGACAAGGCGAAAGCCAGUAGCGGGACCUUAAACUUGGCUGUGGAGAAAGACAAGGACAGUGCAUUGUUCCUGGAAGCGGAAAAGGAUUAGGCAGCAAUGCUGGAGAGUCACUUGGAGUAAAAACCUUGAAGGGAUCAACCUCCAGAAACAUGACCUCGGGACUGUAUCCCAGCCCUCUUCUGUUGCUGCUCUGUCUCCUCCACGUCUCUGGGGAGACCUGUCCAUCAGUGUGCCUUUGUAUAUCUGACACAGUGAGCUGUAGCUCCAGUGGUCUGGCCAAACUACCUCAGUCGCUGCCCUCUUUCUCCAUCACCCUGGAUCUCAGCCACAACCAUCUGUCCUGGCUUGGUCCAGGCAGCUUCAGCAUCAUGCCCCAACUGGAGAACCUCAGAAUGGCUCACAAUCAGCUCAGUGUCCUGGGCCAUGGGGUGUUUAAAAACGCCUCUGGUCUCAGGCACCUUGACCUGUCCUCCAACAGACUGCAUGUGGUGGAGCAGCACUAUUUCCAGGGGCUAUGGAAGCUGGAGGAGCUUCUUCUCUUCAAUAAUAAGAUCACUCAAGUGGAGGCGAGCACACUGAGUGGCCUGAGCAGCUUAAAAAAGGCCUACUUCAGCUUAAACAAGAUCACGCACUUCCCAUUCUUCUCUAUCCAAGACCACAGUCAUCCUUUCCUGACCAUGCUGGACCUCUCUUCCAACCGAAUGAGUAAUCUGCCCUGGGAGGAUGUGAAAGCCUUGCCCAGGCUGGUGCAGCGGGGACUGUAUCUCCACAACAACACUCUGAUCUGUGACUGCUCUAUGUACAGUGUGUUCUGGCACUGGGAUCUGCGGGGUUAUGACUCCGUGACAAACUUUGCAGAUGAGCACACCUGCUCCAUUUACGGGGACCAACGAGCUUCAAUCCAGUUCCUGCAAUAUAACCGCUUCUUCCACAACUGUACUGUGGAAAAAGCAGUCUCUCAGCCUGUGACCGUUCUCCUCUCCAGUGUUUUGGUCACAGAUGGAGACAAAGUACGUCUGGACUGCCAAACAUCCCUGAGUAAAGACAGUGCAGACCUCUCAUUUACAUGGCUCUCCCCCAGCAAGGGGUAUAUCACUAAGACACGCAUAAAUGACACACUAAUUAGCCUGUUUCCUAAUGGUACCUUGGAGAUCCAAGCAGCCAAGGUCAAUGACUCAGGUCAGUACGUUUGCACAGCUGUUAAUAUUAAACACUCGCUGAAUGCAACCCGUGAAGUGAAUGUGACGGUGCUGCAACCUGUGGGAGAGUCAUUCAACACCGGCUACACAACACUGCUUGGCUGUGUGGUGACCAUGGUCUUCAUCCUCAUGUACCUCUACCUGACGCCAUGUCGCUGCAACUGCUGCAAGCAGCCCAAAUGUCUAGCUGUCCCCGUUGCGACCUAUGACCAGAACACCCUAAAAUCAGCUGUCUCCCCGUCCAUAGGAGACCAUCGCAAACUCCAAACUAAUAAGCAUGUUGCAUUCAUGGAGCCCAUGAUAAGUGAAGAAGGAACAGAAUGGACACCAGAAAGCUGAAUGCUUGAAGGUGGAAAGAGAAGACAGCAUUAAGCUGUUGUAGCACCCUCUUAGGCUACAUCCAUACCACUCUGUUCUCAUUUAGAAAACGCUGCUUGCUGUAUUUUUGUUAAAAACUCCAGGGGGACCAUUUUCAACUGGAUGGGCAGAACCUGAAACCUUUGGAAACUACGCAGAGUCAACUGCAUUCACUUCCUGAUUGGUUCUUAUCAGCCCCAACUCAACUAUCGGCUGAGAGUGAAAAGCUCCGUGAACACACACACUGUCAGUUUCAGUUUCACCUUGUUGUUGUUCUCAUGAAAGAAAACUCUUCCCUGUUUUGUUUUUUUACCCAUGUUAUUUCUCAUUGUAGCAAUCUCAGAGACUGAUCAAACUGCAGAGGAAAAAAUCUACUUCCUGUUUACACUGGUGGUCACUUUUCGACUUUUGCAUCUGAAAUUGUUGUCUGAAAGCAGAUUAUUUUUGUCUGAAAUCUUUGUUUUGAAAAGAAUACAGCUUUAGACUAUAGGAGGA